CCUAUAUAAACUGCCAGCAGAGGGAAGUUAUACAUUCGAUUCCGCUUUAACGGCGAAAAGCUGAAACUCCAGUUAUGGCAAGAACUAAGCAAACCGCUCGUAAGUCCACCGGUGGCAAAGCGCCGAGGAAGCAGCUCGCCACUAAAGCAGCCCGUAAGAGCGCUCCAGCCACCGGCGGCGUGAAGAAGCCUCAUCGUUACAGGCCCGGUACCGUGGCGUUGAGAGAAAUCCGCCGCUACCAGAAAUCCACAGAGCUGCUGAUUCGUAAGCUGCCUUUCCAGCGUCUGGUGAGAGAAAUCGCUCAGGACUUCAAGACUGAUCUGCGCUUCCAGAGCUCCGCCGUCAUGGCCCUGCAGGAGGCCAGCGAGGCUUAUUUGGUCGGUCUCUUUGAAGACACAAAUCUGUGCGCUAUCCACGCCAAGAGAGUCACCAUCAUGCCCAAAGACAUUCAGCUGGCACGCCGCAUCCGUGGAGAACGCGCUUAAACUCCUGAGCUCAAACUCCGCCACUUCAACCCCAAAGGCUCUUUUAAGAGCCACUUCAAUUGCACUGAUCGAGACUGUUUCCCUUGUAGUCUUUUCCUGUAGUAACCGUUUUAAUUUCGAUGUGUUUAUAUACAAAUCUAGACUGUCGUUUCUUUAAACUAGUGGUGUUCUUAACAGCGUUGAACCAUUGCAGCACAUUUUUUUUUUAACGUAAAAUACACGUUUAAAUAAUCUCGAGCAAA